CUAAACCACAUUAUUGCUGUAAAUGUACCAAGCUACUAUUUACUCUUCCUCCUUUCUGCUAUUACCCAACGUAUAUAUAUAAUUUCGGUAACGAAUUUGCCUUUCUUCUUCAUUAAAAAAAUAAUUUUAUGAUUAAGAAAUUUUGAUUGUUCUUUUAGAAGACCAUUAGCUUUUUCUUUUGUUGUGGCUAAAUCGUUCUAUCUGCAUUUUCAUUAAUCGUGCCAUUCGUUUUAUACUGGAUUUUCAUGUGUUUGCUCUCGCAUUAAUCUAAAUUUAAUUUAUAAUAAUCUAAUUUAUUUGAUGACUUUGCAUGAAAGAAUUAUGAGCCUUUUUUAAUAUGAUUGACAAAAAGCGGUUGUUUCGAUCGCCUAUAACUGGACCACCGGAAAAUUUUAAAACAGGAAUUCCCUGGUUGGAUAAUCUAGAAGAAGACAGCAGUGAGGUUGAGAGUUCUGCGUACGAAAUUCCUGAAUCCAUUGAAGAAUCACUUUCCAUUGGUAACGAAGCGUUGUCUCCCUGUACGAGACCAGUCAAUAGUGCCUCUCACUUGUCCGAUACACUGCAUUAUGUUCCUAGUGAUCCUUCCUUCAUCGAUAAACACAUACUGGAUUUACCUGAGCCAGAUACGUUUAAUUUGUCUUUGAUCAGUCGUAGCAAGUCUGAUUCAGUUUUACUGAAUAAGCGAAAAAGUGAAGAUUAUAGAUCUAAAGCUAUAACUGAUUUUCGCCGAAACUACCAAAACAAAGUCAAAGGAUCGGGAACGACUGUUCCUUUCAAAGAAACCAAACUUCGUCGUCAAGUUACACCAAAAGAUUCAGCCCAUACAACUGAUACGGAACAGGACGACGAAAACGAUGCACCUUAUCAUUCCCUCAAGUCCCUCAAAUUUCCUGAAUCUGUCUCAGGCGACGAGGAAUCUUUAAGUAUUGGCGAUGUCGAAGCUAUUGCCCCUAAUGACUGGUUAAGCGUACUCGACAAAUCUGGCGAAGAAAAGACUAGAUCACAUACGUUAAGUACUCUAUUUGGCUUGGAUUAUCAUCGCGAUAGCUACGACAGUACCUAUUUAAAAAGUGGGUCGCACCCAUCUAUCCUAUCUGAUGACUCAUGGAAAGCACCGGAGAGCUGGGCUAUAAAUAUUCCUUCGGAAAUGUCAAAGAAAAGGAAUUCUUUUGUGGCUAGACCCUUUGCUUAUCCUACCAAUGAAACUGAUGAUAAACCCUUUUUCUUACGAGUUUAUCGAGAUGACAAAACAUCCGUUUCAUUUUCAUGUCCUAUGAAUAUGAAGACUUCUGAUAUUAUUCAGCGUCUCGCAAGGCUUUUUUUCCUUCCGUUUUCAGCCAACUUUUACUUACUUUUGGUUCAAUUCCAAACUGAACGUAUAUUGCUUCCUCAUGAGCAGCCAUGUAUUAUGUUUCGAAAGCUUCUCACCUACUUUGGGUGCGAUGAAAAUUCUGAAGAUGAAAUGACGCAGGAAGAGAACUAUAGCGUUGCAAGAUUAGUGUUUACAACUAUGGAUAUUGGCGCCGACGUGCUUAAGAAAAUGUCUGAGAAGAAGUUUUCACAGCAUUUGGAUAUACGACGUUCCAACCUUGAGGUUAUUCCAAUCAAGUUUUAUCCUCACGCACACGAAUUAAUAUCUUUAAAUAUAUCAUCUAACCUUUCGCUUGAAUUGCCUCUUGAUUUUAUGGAGCGAUGCGUCAAUCUAAAAAUACUAGAUAUGUCAAAUAAUUUAAGACCGCCUAGAGGAAAACCUCUUUCUAUACUAAGACGACUUGAGGUUUUGAAUGUUUCAAGAAACGAUAUUUACGAAUUAGAUCCAUUAAUAUUUUCAGGAAGGAGCCGAUCUACCCUCAAAGAAUUUUACUGUUCUUUAAACAAACUUUUGUUUCUUCCUUAUUCUAUUCGUUAUUUAACUAACUUAACCGUCCUUGAUCUUUCUUAUAAUAAUUUCGUAACCUUUCCUUUAAUUAUUACAGAGCUGUCUUCUCUUGAAAUCUUAAAUCUAUCACAUAACAAUCUGUAUGAAGUUUGUCCUGAGAUUGAUCAGCUAGGAAACUUAAAAGAGCUUUAUCUUCAGUCUAACGACUUGUCAGGCCAUCUUAUUCAACAAUUAGGUUCCUUACGAAAACUGGAGAUUAUUGAUCUUCGUUUUAAUUCUUUGAAUCACAUUAAUGCUUUGUCGGAAUGUCCAAACUUGAAAGAAAUUCGAGCCUCUUGUAAUUUGAUAUCUCAUCACGAAUUCCCAUGCAGGUCUGCAACGUACCUUGAUUUUUCACGUUGUCCUUUAACUAUCUUGGAACUUCCUUUUAAUGGAUAUAGCUCUCUUGUAUAUCUUGACGCCUCUCACGGCAAGCUUGUAAGUCUAAAAGAUGCAAUGCUAGAAAGCCUCGUCAAUUUAGAAACACUAAAUAUAAGUUAUAACCACUUCGUUCAAAUUCCGGAUAGUAUUAGUCAUUUACGGAAUCUUAAAUUUCUUUACUGCACGAAUUGUGAAAUUUCAUAUGUUUCCCCUGAGUUAUCGAAGUUAUCCAAAUUGACAUUAUUGGAUAUGCAUGCUAAUAAUAUCAAGGCUUUUCCGGAAGAAGUUUGGCAGAUAUCUUCUUUGAAAAUUGUAAACCUUUCGUCUAAUAUUCUUGAAAAAAUAAAGUUACCCAUGGCUGGCCCCAAACCGCUAACGAGAAGCGUGAGUCAGUUGAAAAUUAUGAGGACAUUGUCGGGUAGUCCUAUUUCAAAUACUUCCUCUUCUGAAUACAUAUAUCCAUCAGUUGAGGAACUUAUUCUCGUGGACAACCGCCUUGGAGAUGAAUGUUUUAAAUUGCUGAGCUUCUUUAAGGAACUUCGAAUCUUGAAUCUGUCCUACAAUUACUUGACAGAAAUUCCUAGUGCAUUCCUCCAAAAUUUUUCGCACCUCAAUCAUAUGUUUUUGUCUGGUAACAAAUUAUCAAAUAUCUCAAUUUCUUCUAACUCUCGUAUUUCCUUGGAAACAUUGUAUGUUAACGGAAAUAGAAUAUCUUCGUUUCCUAAAAAUGAGACCUUGUCACGUAGUUUGCGUUAUUUAGACUUUGGAAAUAAUAACUUGCAAAGCCUGACUGUCAAUCAGAAUAAUGAUAAUUCUCUGAAUAUUCCACCUAACCUUGAAUGCCUUGAUCUUUCAGGAAACAGCUGGUUUCAAUUUUCCAAGCAUGACGAUGCUAAAGUUACGAGAGCAUGUCUUAACCGACUAAAAGCUUUGAGCGUAUUUGAUGUGAAUGCUGAUGUUCCCGUGGACAAUACUGAUAUCUUACACCGUGUCGUACAUCGCUCAUCUUCAAUAAACGAUGGAUUGAAAUGCGGAAUAUCUGGUUACUUAUCUCGCAUUAACCCUGUUAUUUCAACUGUUGAACUUAUAAUGAAGGACUAUAUAUAUCCUCAUUGGUCACUUUAUUGUAUCUUUGAUAGCGAUAUUGGAGCUGGGCAUAGCAAUCGGGUUCUCAAAUUUGCCUAUGAGAAUAUAGCAUCUUGCCUAGCUGAAGAAUUGAGCACGUGUGGUUCCUCCAGCGAGCAAGUCAAGAAUGCAUUAAGAAGAGGAUUUAUAAAUUUGAACAAAAAGUUGGGUAAUGUAAUUUACCAAGAUAUGGCGACAAUUGCAGAGUACAAAGAUAAGAAGGAGAAGCUUCCUAAAUCCAGCAAAGGUUAUUAUAUGGAUGAAACGUGUAUGGAUAUUGGUGUUAGCAUUGCUUUAAUCUAUAUUCGGGAUACACGCGCAUUCAUUGCAAACGUUGGUACCUCUAUGUCUUUAAUGUCUACGCGAAAUGAUUCUGAACCUACUCUGUUAAGUGAUGUACAUGAUACAUUUAAUGAGAAAGAAAUACGCAGAGUUAUAGAUUCGGCAGGAUUAAUUUCUGGUCGCAUCCAGUCUACCACCACUAGGGCGAUUGGUAGAUUAUCCCAGUUUCCUGGUGUACAAGCUGUCCCUCAUGUAAAUAUUCAGCCCCUUUCAGAACUGAAUGAGUUUAUUAUUUUGGCAAACAAGGAAUUUUGGAAUGUAAUGUCAAAACGAAUUGUGAUUGAUAUAGUUCGUGCUAACAGGCAAUCCAUGCUCCUGGCUUCAACGAAGUUACGUGACUAUGCUAUUGCUUAUGGUGCUAAAAACAAUACAAUAGUAAUGGUUUUGGAUUUAAGUCUUUUAUUUGAAACCAAUUCCAAUUAUGCUACCAAGGUUAAUAAAGAUGAUGAAGAAGGUACUCAGGCUGAAGGGAGUGAAGGGGUUCCAUUUUCUUCUCAAAAUUUACCGGACGAUUCAUCUUUAGCCAGAAUGAAUCGAGAAGUUUCACCUCCUCGUGGAAGUAUCGCAAUGGUAUUUACGGAUAUUAAGAAUUCCACACUUUUGUGGGAACGCCAUCCAGUAGCCAUGAGAUCGGCGAUUAAGACUCACAAUACAAUUAUGCGAAGACAGCUACGUGCUACUGGCGGCUACGAAGUGAAGACAGAAGGAGAUGCAUUUAUGGUUUGUUUCCAGACAGUCCCUGCUGCUUUGCUAUGGUCCUUCUCUGUGCAAUUACAAAUGCUUUCUGCUGAUUGGCCAAAUGAAAUUGUAGAGUCGGUUCAAGGAAGAACUGUAUUAGGACCAAAGAAUGAGGUUCUAUACAGAGGAUUGAGUGUGCGCAUUGGAGUGAAUUAUGGUGUGACAGUGAGCGAGUUAGAUCCUAUUACACGACGCAUGGAUUAUUACGGACCUAUGGUGAACAGAACAUCUAGGGUUGUGUCGGUUGCAGACGGUGGACAAAUUGCAGUAUCGGCAGACGUUGUGACAGUGUUGAAUCGGCUGGAAUCGGAAGCAAUGUCUUCUGAAAGAUCUGGAAGGUAUGCAAUGGAAAUCCGUGCGUUAAAACAAGUAGGUUACAUUGUACAUAACAUUGGAGAAUUUAAACUGAAAGGAUUGGAAACACCUGAAAAUAUCUCGUUGGUCUAUCCUCUUCAGCUAGAGGGACGAUUAGUAAAACUCAUUAACAAUCGAAAUUCAGAUGAUGAAAGUGACAAACGAAGAGAUGAGACGGAGAAUUCGUCGAGAAGCAGAAGCAAUAGUCUACGGCCGAUAUUAGCACGAAUUGGGGAUUCAAAAAGUGGUGACGAGAAUCAAUAUGCCCGAAGCUCUUUAUCGUCCGUACGAAAUCUGUCGCCUACGGAGAGUUCAUCGGGAUAUGAAGGAAACAUUUUUGACGAGUAUCAAUAUCAAAGGUUAUUUGAAAUUUGCGAACGUUUAGAAGACAGGGUGGCUAUGUUGCAUGGUUAUCCAGAGCCCCCGGAAAGUGAUCCCGGACUUGCAGCUCCUGUGAAUAUUGCAGAAGAGUAUGCUUUGUUUUAUCGGUUGACACUACGAAUUGAAAACACAAUUUAUUGUUUAGGACAAAUGCUUGGACAUACAUGAGAUGGGAUGGGAAUAGAAAAGAAUGGUUUUUAUUGAUAUCUUUUUUUUUUUCUCCGUUGAAUUUUUUUCUUAUCAUUUGGAUUGUAAUAUAUAUUAAUUAUUUCUAUGAAAUUUGUACUAUUUGUAUGUAUGAAGAGGAGGAGGG